UUUCAGUCGUCCAUAUUUGUGCGGGGCAUAUCGCCGCCAGACGCUGUGCUGUGUGGAGCAACAAAACACUGCGAGCUUACGAUCUGAAAUCAACGACCCGUCGUGAUCUUACGUCGCUGCUUUCUGUUCCGAAAGCUCGACAUGUACUUUAACCACGGUUACCCCGUUAUCGCCUGCUGCGUCCUGGUCGGGCUGGUUCUGGCUUUAGAAGAUGGCCCGGAUCGACCGGUUAUCGGAGCUCCGGGAUCCCCGGUCCGUUUGUCGGAGUCAGACCCAGGGGUUAUGAAAGCAGUCAAAUUUGCAGAGGAACGAUAUAACAUGGGCUCCAACGCGAUGCAUAUACGCCGUGUUAGCAAAAUCAUUUCGGCCAGCAAGCAGCUAGUAAAAGGUGUUCGGUACAGUAUUAUGGUUGAGAUUGGAAGCACUCAGUGUAAGAAGUCCCUAAAGCUGAGCGGUGUGGACACCUGUGACUUUUUCCCAGAGCCUCACAAACAGAAGACGGAGGUUUGUUUGUUUGAGGUUUGGGACAUUCCCUGGGAAAAUAAAUCCACCCUACUUAAACAGAAAUGCCAGCCUGCGGUUUCCAAGGAGCUCAAAAAGGUUGCAGCCGUACCUCUAACCCACGGCAAACCCAUGAAGGAAACUGUGGAGCUUUUGACAGAGUUUAAAAACUUUAUGAUCACAUACAAUCGAACAUACAGCUCCCAAGAAGAGGCAGAGAAGCGCCUGCGCAUUUUCCAAGAGAAUAUGAAAACGGCACAGACGCUGCAAUCUCUGGAACAGGGGUCAGCUGAGUACGGGGUCACCAAGUUCAGUGACCUCACAGAGGAUGAGUUCAGAAUGAUGUACCUGAACCCGAUGCUGAGUCAGUGGAGCCUGAAGAAGCAGGUAAAGCCAGCGACUCCGGCUAGCAAGACUGCUCCUGACAAUUGGGACUGGAGGGACCACGGGGCAGUCAGUGCUGUGAAGAAUCAGGGCAUGUGUGGCUCAUGUUGGGCAUUUUCUGUGACUGGAAACAUUGAAGGACAGUGGUUCAAGAAAACUGGACAGCUUCUUUCUCUCUCAGAGCAGGAACUGGUCGACUGUGAUAAACUGGACCAAGCAUGUGGAGGUGGACUGCCGUCUAAUGCUUACGAAGCCAUCGAGAAGCUUGGAGGUCUUGAGACGGAAACGGACUACAACUACAUAGGACACAAGCAGAGCUGUGAUUUCUCUUCAGGGAAGGUGGCCGCUUACAUUAACAGCUCUGUCGAGCUGCCUGACAAUGAAAACGAGAUUGCUGCUUGGCUGUCUGAGAAUGGUCCGGUCUCUGCUGCCCUCAAUGCUUUUGCCAUGCAGUUCUACAGAAAGGGAGUAUCUCAUCCACUGAAGAUCUUCUGUAACCCCUGGAUGAUCGAUCACGCUGUGCUGCUUGUGGGAUUCGGACAACGUAAUGGCAUUCCAUUCUGGGCCAUCAAGAACAGCUGGGGAGAGGACUAUGGAGAGCAGGGUUACUAUUACCUGUACAGAGGAUCCAGACUGUGUGGAAUCAACAAGAUGUGCUCAUCUGCAGUUGUGAAUUAGAUGUGCGUGCACACACACACACACACACACACACACACACACACACACACACACACACAGAAAGCAAGGAAGCAUGGAUAGAAAACAUUUAAAAACAAUCAUGAACAUGUGACUCUGUUUCAGUCGUCAUGUGAUCAGUGUAAAACACACAUUCUGCACAUAUUUUAUCCACAUAAGCACAUAAUUCUCAAUAGUUCAGUAUAGGUCAAGUACUUUAGUUACCAGUCAUUUUGCUGUUAUAUAAUGCUAUAGCUGAAUUUGUUGUACAUUACCUCCGAUCCACAUGUGAUGUUACGGACACAGCAGAUUACCAAAUAGCAAACAGGUACAAGAUAACAGCACAGUUUACCACGUUACUAAAACAUAACGUGUGUUAUUGUGAUUUUAGACUAGGUCAUUUAGUUAAUUACUUGGUAUUUUACUCUAAUUAUUUUGAAUUGAACUCUUUAAGUUUUGCAUUCUGCGUUUUACCUAAUUGUUAAUUUAAUUCCAAACCAAUGAGUUGAGCCUGUGUCAUAUUUGCUUUUAACCCCGCUGAACAGAUUAGCAUUUUAACAGUGUAUUUCAUUUUUUCCAAGUGCGUUUUACUGAAUAUUUUAAGCUGCUGGUCUUGCAAACUAGAUUUUGCACACUACGAAUUUCCACAGUAUAUUGUGAUCAUUCCGUUAAUGUAAGUAUUGCUGUUUUUACCCUCAUUUUGUUGCAUGGGGAAAAGUGGCAGAUGCUUUUUCCAAAUGCACAAUGGACGUUUAGUUUGAGGUUUGAGUUGCGGCAGAAAUGAUGCGUUUCUCAGUUGCCGCGCAGUUGCUGUUCAAACCAGCUGUAUCUUUAAUGCAUUAUCAAAGCUGCAUUGCCGAAUAAACUCCUAAAUGUCUCA